GAUUGAGAGAGAAUAAUGKCCGACGAGCACACAGRAAAAAGCAAKUCUUCAUUCGUUCAUCCGUCCUUAUUURAAAAGRUAGAUGGUAUAAUUCAURUACGAWAUGUUACUAAAGAGUUUCUAGGCCACAUCAAAGAUCUCCCAGUCCAGCCAAACGAUGUAAUCAUCUCUUCUUAUCCCAAAGCAGGAACAACAUGGGUUUCAGAAAUUUUAUGGCAAAUCAACUUUGAUGGAAAUACUGAUGACAGGUAUAUAGGACACAGAGUGCCAUUUUUUGAUGAGAUGCUGGUGAUGGGAAAAGUUAAAACRAGGGAAGAUCUACAUGAUUUUUACCUAAAGCAUCCAUCACGAAUCUUUAAACUUCAUUCGCAAUUUCAUGAAGUACCCAUGGGAGAUGCCAACAAAGCCAAGUACAUCUACGUUGCUCGUAACCCAAAAGACACCGCUGUGUCUUUUUAUCAUCAUUACAGGGGAUUUAAAUUGUAUGAGUUUGACCCUGAUCGAACAUGGGACGAGUUCUUUGAUAUGUUCAUCAAUAACAGAGUCCAUUAUGGCAGUUGGUUUGAUCACGUGCUUAGUUGGUGGGCUCAUCGAGACGACGAGAACGUCCUUUUUCUCAAGUAUGAAGAUAUGAAAAAGGACUUGUCUGCUGCCGUCCAAACAAUUGCUCAAUUCAUUGGUAAGUCCUUGUCUCCAGAGCUGAUUGAACGUAUCACUAAACAAACAUGUUUUUCAUCGAUGUCUGAUGGAAAAGGUCGAUAUUAUGAUGGCGACGAGUUGACUUUUGCAAGAAAUUCAGGUAUCAAUUUCAUUCGCAAGGGUCAAGUGGGAGACUGGAGGAAUUAUUUCACCGAAGAACAGAAUACACGCUUUGACAAAAUUUAUAAUGAAAUACUAGCAGAAAGUGGACUGCAAUUUGAGUUUUGAGGGUUUAGAAUAUUCUCAACAUAAAUCUCUAAAUUAACAUACACUCGAUCUUUUAUAGUUUAAYUUCAUUUUUAUGUUUCAAGACCUUUCAAUAGUGUGUGAAAACGAACUGUACUAUGCAUAUGGGAAUAAAAAUURAAUAAAAUUGACAGCAAGUCUACUUAAA